AUGGCUAACCUCAUCCGGUCUGCGAAGUCAAGUAAUGACUGGACCUUCUAUGAUCUCCUCGCAUACAAUAUCACUGUUGUGCCUCUGGCGCCUGAACAGUUUUUUCCUCAAAACCCUGGACCACUCUUGGAGGGUUUAGAUCCAUCACUCCUUAAUUCCAGUCUUGAUGACAAGAAUUUCUCAGACCCCAACAUCUCAGAUGCCGUUUUCCGAUAUCUAGGCUAUCUUGGUCUGGCUACCAAUCCCACUCAAGAAUCUUUCAUGGACACAUUUGCUCUGGAAACUCUCCAUAUACUCGGCUUCAGUAAACGCUUAUGGCUCGGCACGCACCAUAGUAUCCCACUAUCUAUAUGUGGUGAUGUCUGCCAAGUUGCACAAACAGAUGUGUGUCUGCGUGAUCUGCAGUCAACAGUCUUGCUUGUUUUGCGAGUAGACAAAUCAGCAUUCAAUGCAUGUCAACCUGAACCAGAAGUCAUUGCAGGAGCAAUUGCUGCGUAUCAAAACAACAAUCAGAGGCGGCUCCUCAGAGCACUUUCCCCCCUUGAUGCCAUGACUAUUCCAUGCAUCACUAUGGUUGGGACUCGACCCACCUUCUAUCUCGUCCCCGUCACAAAAGCACUCAGCACUGCAGUUGAGACUGGCCAGUACCCUGAAGUUCAAACGACAGUCAUGAUGUGUGGCACCAGUUUAGGGCACAACAGUAGUCUCAGCGAAGGCAUGGAGACACCAGAGUAUAGGCGCAUUGCUUUUGAGCAUUUUCUCGCAUUCAAAGCCCUUGCGAAGGAACAUUGA